CUUGUUUUCUGUGAAUAACAAUGGCAGUCCCAGAGGUGAACAAAGAAAUGCUAACAGAGCUUGAAUCCAUGGGGUUUCCAACAGCCCAUGCAAUAAGAGGACUUCAUUUUUCAGGUAAUGCAAGUAUUGAGGGAGCUAUAGAUUGGAUUGCAGAACAUGAAAAUGAUCCUGAUAUUGAUCAAAUGCUUUUGGUUCCUAUCAAUAUUGAGAUUGAAUCAGGAAAACCACCUUUUGCUUUGGAGUAUGUGAAGAUUAAAGCACAAGAACUAAGCAGACAAAAACUGAAAGCUGAGGAAGAGAAGAGAAUGGAGAAAGAAAGAGAGAAGGAGAGAAGACGUGCCGGUAAAGAACAACUUCAAGCCAAGAAAAUUCUGGAGGAAAACGAAAGGAAACGAGCUUCAGCAUGGAGGAAAGCAGAACAAGAGGAAGUGAAACAAGCAAGAGAAAGAAUCCUUAAGCGUCUCGAGGAUGAUAAGGCAGAGAGACGACGAAAUCUUGGAUUGCCAUCUGAAGACCAUUCAUCCAAAAAAAUCACCAAACAUUUGCAGAAGCAGCAGAACACAAAGAUUUCUGAUGAACAUAAUUCAACAACGGUUGAUAAUCUACAAGAAUGUCUUCGAUCUCUCAAACAAAAUCACUUGGAUGAGGAUGCUAGAGUGAAGAGAGCAUUCCAAACACUACUAACAUACAUAGCAAAUGUUGCGAAGAACCCGGAAAAUGAGAAGUUCAGGAAAAUCAGAUUAAGCAACCCGGCUUUUAUGGAUAGAGUUGGGAGUAUGUUUGGAGGGAUUGAGUUUCUAAAGCUGUGUGGAUUUGAGAAGCUCAAACAAAAUGGAAUUGAGUACUUGUACAUUCCAAGGGAUAAGGUGGAUCACAGAAUUCUCAGAAAUGCAGCUUUGGAGCUGAAUUCUGCACUAAAUAAUCCUUAUUUUGGAAUGUUUAGCAGAAAGAAAGAUGAUUAUUGAUAAUUUUAUAUUGAUGAUGAAAUACUAAAAAAGAUAACAAAAUAAAAAAUAAAAAUAAAUACCCGCAUGGCUGUCAACUGUCCAAGUGAGUAAAAACAUAAGCAUAUACGCCCAAAGAAUA